CUCAGGCCCACAGUAGAAUCUUCUGCUUCACGGAGCACCGGCUUCAUCCUCUGUAAAUUAGGGUUUGCAAUUUCUUCAUCGUUGUUUCCUCAAUUCCUCUGAAAUUCGUUCAUCAAUCUUCCAACAAUGACGAAACAUGAUAAUCAACGAAACAAUAAUCACGAUGAGAAGAAUAAACGAAUGACAAUGACAAAGAAUAAGAAGAGGAACAUUUCGAGGUUGGGUGGAAGUGGACUCUCGCUUGAUGCUUUCGCUAAUGCCAAAUCCAAUAACAGUCAAUACAAUCCAUCUCUCAUCAAGAAGCAGAGGGAGUUAUACAAGAAUGCUAAGAAUGUGCAGAAGUAUAAGAAGAUGCUAAAGCAGCAAAACCAGCAGAUUUAUCCCUCGGUGGCCCAAAAAUAUAAUGAGAAUUUGAAUGAAACCGAAGAGGACAACAAGUACAAGAAUGAGAGGAGGAAGAGGAAGAAGCAUAGUGCUUUUAGUUUGGAAGAGUUAUACAAGAAGCAGCAUGAAGAAAAAGAGAAAGAAAGAAUGGAGAGGGAAGCAAUUUUCCAGGAAAAGAAAGAACAGCGAGAAAAAGCUGAAGCUCACAGAAAAACUUUACGACAAAAAAUGCUUAAGAAAACACGAAAAGGACAACCUGUCAUGAAAUACAGAAUCGAACAUCUUUUGGAGACAAUUCAAAGCUCAGCUAAAAAUGCAGCCGACAACUAAAUCCUAACUAGUGGAAUAGAGAAUGGCCAAAUGCAUAUAACAUCAUCAUCAUCAUCAUCAUCAUCAUCAUCCCUUGAAUUUCAUGAGCAUGAUACUGUUUUUACAUAGAGCUGUUAUUGUUCAUCAAAAUUCUGUUACCGACAAUGAGUCAGUUAUUCAUCAGUGUCAUUGGUUGUAUCAAA